AAAAGAAAACAGGGCGAUUUGGUAAAACACUUAAAUGAAGAACUGGCGAAAAAAGAUGAAAGGUAAGCAUACUAUUCAAAAUGCAAGGAAGAAUUAUCUUAAUAACUUGUACAAGUUAACUGCAAAAGCUGCCAUUGAAAUACUGCUGCUACUAAAUAAAUCUUCCGUCGUUCAGCAAACUCAAGGUUGAUCUUAUGCGUGUAGAACUCGACCUCGUAUAGAAGCAACUUGGAAAGGAAAAAAAGAAGGACAUUCUCUAAUAGAUUGUAUUUAAUACUACAUUUGAUUAGAAAAAUCAUGCAGGAAUUUGGCACAAUUUCACCUUGGGGCAAAGCUGCAUGGUUUAGUUUGAUCAUGAAUUUACCACCUGAAGUGUCUUUUACAACCUAAGCGUGGUAACUUCAAGCUAAAAAGAGGCUCUUGACUCUACACUCGGUUACUUUUUUCUUUCUUUAUUUUACUGUAAUCACGCCGAUAGUUUUUAGAGCUAAUGGAGCAUAAUUUAUGUAUAUACUAAUAGCAUGGUGCACUCUUUUCUGGUACAGCUUCAGAGAUGGUAAACAAACGAGCAACCAUUUUUGCUAAGUUUCUUCAGAAUUGUUCACCUGAAAAAUGAAUUUAAUAAAGAUGGGAAAAGUUGGGAAAAAACUGUACGUUGAAAUGAGAAUUUCAUCUUUUCCUUCUUCCUUUCUAACUCGAUGAAGGCUGAAAGCCAUCCUCUGAGCUUUUGUUACGAUCCCAAAUUUUUUCCUUUCAUCCAUCACUCCGUCAUCACUCUUUCCUUCAAUUCUUAUUAAAUUUUUGGUGAGUUCGCUAGCUAGCCUAUAAGGCUUUCACGUGUUUAAUUCCUGCUUGGGAAUCAACUGAAAUCUGAGAAAAGAUUGAAAAGUAAGCAUUUACCCGCUAUAUGCACUUUAAUCAGAGUACUCGCUCAGAUACAAUAGGCGUUUUUCAGCCCCAAACUGGAAAACAGAUCUCUUCAGAAACACAUUUUCAUUGAUAUCUUUUUAAAGAAUAAUGUUUAUUGACACUUAAAUCACAGUUUUAAAUCUUUUAAAAUUACCAAUUCUUCGUAUUUAGAUUAAUAACACCGUAAUUAUUAUUAUACUUAGUGUAUAUGUAUUUUUAGAAUUAGAACUUUAUGAGUAGUAUUAUAAAACUGACGUUAAAUACGCAAUUCAGCUCUCGGAUGCCUAUGUAUUUCUUUAUCAAUAAACUAUGUAUCACUUAUCUACCACUUAGAGAUCAAAACGUGCUUUCCGAGUAUAGUCUGGAGUAGAGCAGAGAGUUAAAGCGUGACCUUCCUUUACUAAAAAUUUAAAAUAGUCAGUUUAGUGGACUCGAAAUUUCACCUCUUCAUAUUUCAUUUUCCGGGUCCAGUGGCUCACAGCCACCUCAAUUUUUUUGCUUUCACUGGAGCGUGUAAGCUUAUGGUAGAUGCAAUUUGCGUUCUUGUUAACCUUAGUUCAAUACUGUUUUUGCUAUCUUACAGGAUCUCUGAAUUGUUAAGAAAUUACAAAACCCAAGAAGAGCGUUACAAAUCAAGGUAAGUAAUAAAUGUAUUUGACUUCGAGAAACCAUGAUGAAACAUACCAAACGCUAAAAUCUAGAUAAAGAAGUCGUCUAAUGUAACCAACAGAGAAUGAUUAGUCAACUGGAACUAUGGUAGAGCGUUUAAAUGGCGUAGACGUUUGUCUUCCAAAGCGAUUAUUUUCAAUCUAAACCUCGUGGAGAUUCUAUCAAGACCGAAGUACGCACAUUCUUGGCAAACAGUUUGUUAAUGAUAGUUCCGCUCAAUGUUUUACCUUGAAAGGGCAAAAUUUCGUGCUGAUCUGUGCUUAAGAUACCGUAUAAUUUGUUUCGUAGUAACGACAAGUACAUAGCAGAGAUUAGAGCCAUGGAGGAUGAACUUAAAGAGUCUCAGGAAAGGUAAGAAGGAUAAUCAGGAACAGAAAAAAACAAAUAUACACAAUUAUGUAGAUCGAUUACGCACUACUGAAACCAUUUUAACAUGGCGUUUUCCUUUUCGUUAAAAGAAAAUAUAACGAGUUAGUGAAACUACUAUGAAACACGUUUGUUUCUCACGCAACUCACAUCCCCAUUUGAGCCAGCUCUUGAGGACAUGGGCGACACAAACACCCCCGGGACGCAAAAAAUGAAACUUUGAGGAGUCUGUCUGGCACCGUUCUCUCGCAACUGCUUCUCUUCUUUAUUCACAUCAGGUUUAAUCAUUGCCUUAGCACCAGGCUACGUCAACGUUCUGCCUAUUCAUCAGCCAGAAUAAGGGCCUUCCGUUUGAUUCCAUUUCUACUGAGAAAAAUCAUUUUACUGUCCCUUGAAGAUGGGCAAAAAUGCAGUUUUUUCUAUGCACUGAUUUUUUUUGGUUCACCAUGUGCAUGUAAUGUUUUUUUCACCACCGAUUAGUUUAUGAAAAAAUGUCCUCGUUCUAAUUCUACAAAAAACUCAUUUGAAUCAGCAGUCUUGAAUGCUCUGUUGCUUUUAGAUUCAACAGUUUAAUGAAGUAUAACUAUACAACCAUCAAUGCCUCAAUCAUUCAGCUCAUUCCAUGCUCUACUGUUAUGACAUUUAUCACCAGGAUAUCUUGGCGUGAAAGCAAACUAAACUCAAGUGAAAGAAUGUCGACUAUGACAAGGUAAUAGGCAUCAGUCUUUGCCUGAACCGGCCAAAAAAACGAAAAAUUACUCUGAGGCCAGAUUUUCAGUCAACUAUUUUGUGUAGCACAUAUUUAAAGGACGGGUUACUUUUGACCAAUUUUUAAACAAGUCAGAAGUAGGUCGGAUAAAUUCAAUUAUAUUGUGCAAAUAAAUGGUCAAGAAUUGCUCAAAUUGUUGUCAACAAAUAUUUUGAUGUUGUUUUUCGAGAUUUGGUACUUUUAAUCAGUCCAAGUUUUUUCAUUUUGUAACGCGAAGUUCCGAGAUUGACCUUAAAUUUUGAGCUUCAAAAGAGGCAUUUUGGCAGAAUUCAGUUAUUAUCGAUUUUCUCGAAAAUAAAUGUUAAAAUCUUUUUCAACCCAAGUUGUCACUAUCGUUCUUAAGAUAUAUGGUCAAAAUAAACCGAAGUGAGCAAGUUAAAAAUUAUUUACUACAACCUUUUAUUCAAGUUAAAAAAAAAAAAAAAAAAAUAUUUAAGUUGAACAUUAAUACGUUUACAGAAAUUCAGGUUAAAGGUCACCUCGCAGUAGUAAUCUUCAACAAGUACAAACGGUCUAUUUUUGGACAUGACAGCCUACCGACGGUAACACCCACUUUGUUGGAUGUCAACUAGUAUCCCAGUUACACUAAUAGAAUAACACCUUAAAAGUUGUGAAACAAUUACCACAAUUUAAGGAUUACUAGUUGUAAAAACAUUUUUUUGGUAUAAAUUUAGUAGGCAUAGGGUAAAAUAUGGACUGGACCUUUUUUUGGACCAUUUUUUGGACCAUUUUUUUUGGACCAUUUUUUGGACCAUUUUUUGGACCAUUUUUUUGGACCAUUUUAUAGGGGGGAAGCACACCAUUAGUAUUCAGGGAGGGGUGGGAUGCAGUCUACUAGUACUGAGGGAGGGGUGGAAGGCAGAGUGUUAUUACUCAGGGAGGGGUGAGAGAAGGACUACUGUUAGGCAGGGAGGGGUGAGAGGUGGAUGUAAUAGUAAACACUACUUGUUAAUGGAGCUUUUACUUUGACUGACUUUUUGAAUGUUCUUCAUUUUUGUCGUCCUGCGAAAGCGAAACGGUCACGUGAACACUGGACUUUGAUUUCUAUUGAAAAUAUCGCGUUCAGAUCCUCUACUGUUGAGUUAUGCCUGUGCCUUUUGAGUCGACAUGUGUACCAUCAGUUGCUUCACGCUUCCCUUUGUGUAUACAGUAUAUAAUUACUAAAUUUAUCUAUCUUCCUUUUGUCGUUCAUCUUAUCAGACGAGAUAACGAAAUUUCCGGUCUUUAGCCCUUAACUUAGCAGCAUAUAGAAUUCACGAGCGCUUUUGCAAUUUCAACGUUUAUACUUUUACUAUCUGAACUAUUUCGAAGAGGAAUCCAUAUUCUCGAAUCGAGCAAAAGCACUGCUGUACUUGUAGUAUGGGAAGCGCAAAUAUCGAUUUCAUCUGUUUCGCAAACAAAGGAGUUAAUCACCCACACCGGAAAUAGCGACCACCGCAAAACGUAGAAGUCAGUAAAUGUGACCGAUUCUGCCCGGAAAAUUUUAUUGUCUGGAACUUGGAUAUGUCAGCUGGAUUAAUUACACCCCAUGUUGUGAAACCAUUAUGAAGACAUCGCGCUUUACUUCGCUUUUUUUGUCACAUACAGAAAGGGAAACGUGAGGCAACUGGAAGAUGAUUCAUGCUAACCCGUCGGUAUCACUUAGCACUGGCACAAGUCGACCAAACAGGCACACGCAUGACUUAACAGUGGAAGAUGGCGAUAUUUUCAAUAACAAUUAUAGUCCAGUGUUUAAGUGCCAGUUUCGCAUUCGCAUGACAAGAAUGAAAUAAACGCUACGACCCGGCACAAAAAUUUUGACAUACUAAUAGUCGAUCGAAAAACCGCUCAAAACAAUUUGUAUGAUUCAAUGAACACUCCCCCCCCCAAAAAAAUGGUCCAAAAAAUGGUCCAGUCCAUAUUUUACCUUCUUCCUAGGGUUGUAAGGUAAAAUAUGGACUAUUUUUUUUAUAGGGGGGGAGGCAGAACAUUACUUCUUAGGGAUGGGUGGGAUGCAGUCUCUCAGUUCUCAGGGAGGGAUGGUAGGCAGACUGUUGCUACUGGUGGAGAAAGAAGUACUAGUACGCAGGGAGGGGUGGGAAGUUGACAUACUGGUAACUGCUACUGAUUUAUGAAGUGUUCAUUGAAUCAUACGAAUUAUUUUGAGCGGCUUUUCGACUGAUUAUUUGUAUGUCCAAAUUUUGCGCUGAGCCGUAGCGUUUCUUUAAUCUUUUGUAAUGCGAAUGCUAAACUGGCACUUAAACACUGGACUAUAAUUGUCAUUGAAAAUAUCACCAAUUCCAUUCCUGUUUUCGAUCCUCCACUAUUAAGAUAUGCGUUGUCCCUGUUAGGUCGACUUGUGCCAGUGAUACCGACGGGUUAGCAUGAAUCAUCUUUCAGUUGCCUCACGUUUCCCUUUAGUAUGUGACAAAAAAAGCGAAGGAAAGCGCGAUGUCUUUAUAAUGGUUUCACAACACGGGGUGCAGUUAAUCCAGCUGUCAAUGAAACUCUCCUGACAUAUCCAAGCUCCAGAUAAUAAAAUUUUCCGGGCAGAAUCGGUCACAUUUACUGACUUCUACGUUUUGCCGACGGAAAAUAUCGGUAAGCAACAGUAGCCACUGUACUUCCACUUAGCAGAUUACGUAGGUUUUUACACAAGAAGUGAUUGGCAGCGGCCCAGGCAAAUUGGAAAACAAACGUACGGGAGUCGCGAGGAAUGCCUAGUCGCUAUUUCCGGUGUGGGUGAUUACCUCCUUUGUUUGCGAAACAGAUAAAAUCGAUAUUUGCGCUUUCCCAUCUUUCCCAUAUUACGUGUAAAGCAGUGCUUUUCCACGAUACGAGAAUAUGGAUUCCUCUUCGAAAUCGUUUGCUGAUUAUUUUAUGUCCCAGUGUUUACGUGACAGUUUCGCUUUCGCAUGACGACAAAAAUGAAGAAAAUUCAAAAAGUCAGUCGAAAAACCGAUGGAGAUAAUUUGUACGAUCGAGUAAAAGCUCCAUUAACAAGUAGUGUUCACUACUACAUCCACCUCCCACCUCUUCCUGCCUAGCGAUAGUCCUUCUCUCACCCCUCCCUGAGUAAUAACACUCUGCCUUCCGCCCCUCCCUCAGUACUAGUAGACUGCAUCCCACCCCUCCCUGAACACUAAUGGUGUGCAUCCCCCCUAUAAAAUGGUCCAAAAAAUGGUCCAAAUAAUGGUCCAAAAAAUAGUCCAAAAAAUGGUCCAAAAAUUGGUCCAGUCCAUAUUUUACCCUAUGCCCUUUAGUACGAGUAGCAAAAAGACGCUUGAUCGUUGUACUAAAUAAGUAAUCCUAAAUUUUCCAGGAAGACACAGAUUUCCUUGGACGAGAUAGUGAAAGGCUACAUUUAGAUCAAGAUUGAAAAUAAUUGAUUCAACCUCUUAAUAAAAGUUACCUCUGGAAAGCAUAAAUUGUAUUCUAGAAAACAAGUUGAUACACAGGCGGCCCAAGCUCCAGCUGUGGGAUGAUCAUCUUGCGCAAUAACAGUCAUGGCGGAAUUAUAAGAGUUUGUAUGGGAAUAUUUACGACCGCUCUAAGGUAUAAAAUAAUACGUCAAAUUCUCAAAAAAAAUAUCUCACCUUACUUUCACAGCGUAUCGCUUGUUAUAUGACCGCUUACUUUGAUGAAAAGAACGCAUUUUAGCGAGUUGUCCAUUUCGAGGUUUUCAACGUUCAUAAGAAAAGCCCAAGGCUGAACACUCCAUUUCCGAACGCCUGAUCCGAGAAGCGAAAAAUCCAAGCUCAAAAUGAUCGGGCGCCCACAAAUCCAACGCAGAAUCCAAGCACAUAUACUGUAGUUUCAUUCCAAUUCACUAAAAACUCAAUCUUCCCCGUGCAACCGACACUAAGUCGCAGUUUGCUUAAAAAAUUUCCAGUUUAGAGGUUUCUAACAGCCCGCGGCCACAUCAACCUUGACACACGACCGUUGAAAACCAGCUCGGUAACCCCACCUCCUUUUCAAACUGAGCUUUGCCGGGGACCAUACCGUCAGUUAUCGUCUAUAAAUUGUUUUAGAACCACGGGUCCCCUUAGUAGAAAUCGAUCAAGAGGCUAUUGUUUCGAUCGGCCAAUCGAAUUCGCCUCCGGAAAUGUUUACAAAUUCAAAAUAAUUUACAGGCAUAGUUGCAAACCGCACAGCUGAUCUCGUAAAUCUCGAUAAUUUCCUUUCAAUUUCAAAAGAAAAAAUGUCCUCGGUAAAAAAUAGUCUAUUCCACGGUUGCAGCAGGGACGUAAUCAAUUCGAACUCGUAUCUGAAAUGGAAAUCGUGGUAAGUAUUGUUGCUGGAUAUCUGUGCGGACGAAACGAAAUAACAGUUGUCUUGUUAGCAACAUUAAACUAAGUAUGUCCAGAUAGAGCUAAAUUGAAUACUGGAACAAAUCUUUCCAAGGUUUUCCUCUGACUCCGAAAAUAAUCAUUGGCCGAUUGGCCGAUCGAAACAAUAGCCUCUUGAUUGAUUUCUACUGAGGGGACCCGUGGUUCUAAAACAAUUUAUAGACGAUAACUGACGGUAUGGUCCCCGGCGAGGCUCAGUUCAAAAAGGAGGUAGGGUUACCGAGCUGGUUUUCAACUGUCGUGUGUCAAGGUUGAUGUGGCCGCGGGCUGUGAGAAACCUCUAAACCGGAAAUUUUUGAAGCAAACUGCGACUUAGUGUCGGUUGCACGGGGAAGAUUGAGUUUUUAGUGAAUUCUAAUGAAACUACAGUAUAUGUGCUUGGAUUCUGCGUUGGAUUUGUGGGCGCCCGAUCAUUUUGAGCUUGGAUUUUUCGCUUCUCGGAUCAGGCGUUCGGAAAUGGAGUGUUCAGCCUUGGGCUUUUCUUAUGUACGUUGAAAACCUCGAAAUAAACAACUCGCUUAAAUGGGCUCUUUUCAUCAAAGUAAGCGGUCAGAUAACAAGCGACACACUGUGGAAGUAAGGUGAGGUUUUUUUUUUUGAGAAUUUGACGUAUUUUUUAUUCCUUACAGCGGUCGUAAAUAUGCCCAUACAAACUCUUAUAAUUCCGUCAUGACUGUUAUUGCGCAAGAUGAUCAUCUCACAGCUGGAGCUUGGGCCGCCUGUAGUUGAUAUUAGCAUAUACAUAAACUCGAUCAUUGUCCUUGAACUAAACCCAAACCCAAACCUUAUCUUUAAACUACUGCAACUAAAUCAGAUAUUACUAGCGUAGAUACCCGGAAACGAAUCUCGAAUUCAAACUAUUUCCAUUAACGUAAACUUGUACAUUGUGAACUUGUUUAAUUAGAAAUUAACACAUGUAAACAAUCUGCCAUUGCUUGAUGUCGGCUUAUGUAACACGUGCCUGUCAAAAGCAUAAGUAAACUUUAAUGAGUUCAAGAGUAAAUUACCAAUUCGAAUUUUUAAUAAUUUUUAGCCCGUUAUUUUAUUAUUUAGAACUGCAAAAGAAAAUAAGGGGAUUUCGAGUACUACAGUCAAUUUUAACUUCUUUCCUGUUCCGAUUUUUAUCAACAGGGAAACUCCCCUUAAUGGCAAACCGACAUCAAAUGUAUCAGUGUCAACUAUGACAGAGUAAGUCUCACUAUCAUUUUUAUCGCAAGUCUUUACAAAUAAAUAAUAACUAGACUUCAAAACGACGUACUGUACAUUCCUCACGGUACUCCUGCAUCUUCUACCCAACUGCCAGGGCGAGGAGUCGUUUUUCACCUGUCAAGCUCCCUCAAUGAGCUCCAAGUUUUAUAGCCACAGGUGUCUUGUUUCCUGUUCUGUUCUCUAUCUAUUUUAAGGCUUACUGAACAGGUUUAGGUGCAGAGUGUAGAGAAUUAUGUCGAUAUCAUAGUGGAAAGCCAAAAUAAAAGUUCUUAGACGUGCAAGAAAAAAUAACUAUAUACGUGGUUGUAUAUGUUUCUUGAAACUGAGCCUUAUUUAUUCCUCUCUGUAUGUUAUUGCGUAUCACUUCAAGUCAAACUUCUUUCAUUUGCCGUUUAAAAAUACAUGUAACUAAUGUUUACACACACUCUUUUCUUCUUUAAUCAAACCAGCAUUGAAGGAAAGGAGGACUCUGAAAGGUAUACUUAUGUGUCAUAAGUGGAUGUAAAGCUAAACCAAACUAAGCCAAUAAUUUGUAUAUUUUGUUUUACUCAUGAUAGGUUUGGAAAAACUUUAUUUAUUCAUGUAUUUUUUUAACUGAGACAUCAUUUUAGAAACGAAUCUGAAACUAGAAAUGGGAGACAUCUCUUUAAAUUGAUCCGCAGUGAGUUUUAGUUGGGCCCGAACUAAGAAAAGAAAACUUUAAUGAUAAAUGUCAGCCCGUAGUGAAUACCUGCAUUUUUAAUGAAUUGGUAUAUCUGUUCUCAAUUCAACUCAUUUGUCUUUUCUUCUGAGUUUGGUUCCACAUUAUGAUAAGAUUAGGUUUGUGAUCUUUUGAGGUUUGAGGAGAUGGAAAGAAAGUACCAGGAAAUGACUUUUAAGAGAAACGAAGAGAUAAAAAAUCUACAGCACAGGUACUACUAAAGGAUAAAAGAAACACCACGUUUUCUAUAGGUCCCCCCUUGCGAGGUUGGAUUAUGAGCCAAGGCUACUGUUAGCUUGGAUCAGUUUAUUGAACCACUAUCCAUCAUUGUCCGUAAUAUGAGUAUUUGGUUGAGAAGCGAAGCCUCGAGGCCCCACAUGUAAGAUUCUGAGGACAAUCUCUCAGCCAAGGACAUUAUCAGCCGAUAUACUAACCAGCCAGAAAGGGUUUAUAUAUUUAAUAACUCUCUCAUGAAUUUUCGUAUCGCGAGUAGACAGCAAGUUUUGCUGCCUUUUAUUAUUUGACUAUUUUCAAUAACCAAAAUAAAGUUAUUUUCAAUUUCGAUAUUUGAUCUCUCUAGCCUUCACCAAAUGGAAGAGAAUGCCAAGUCAAUAAUUUCUAUUAGAGAUGGAGAGCUGAAUCAAAUGAAAUUAAGGUAA